AUGGCAGAGCCCUCGGCCAAGCCCGCCCGGCCCACGCUACCUGACGCGGCAGAACUCCGGGCCGAGCUGCACGAGGCUGUGCAGCGUCUCAGCUUCGCAGAGCUCCACAGCAGCACCCAGUGGGCCUCCGAGCUGCUGGCGGCGCUUCCACUUGGAGGCGCCGACGAAGCUUCGCCCGCUUCGGCCUCGUCGGUCUCGCCGACACUGCCGCGAUCUCUUUGCAGCCCAGUGCUCCUUGCCAAGGCCCACUUCGGCAUGCGUGAGUACUCUCGGGCUGCCCACGUUCUGCAGGGAAGUCCUGCUCAAAGCCAGGAGCUGCAUUCCGCACCGUGGCCAGUGUUUUUCAGGUCCUAUGCUCUCUACUUGGCGGGAGAGAAGCGUCGAGAGGAAGAUGCAGCAGAGGUGACAGACCCAGCAGAGGCGAGCCGCAUCCACAACACCGAGCUGAAGACGCUGGAAGAAGAUCUUUCUGCGCUCUACCGAGAACAGAAGCUGGAUGGUCUGGGCCUCUAUGUAUAUGGCAUCGUACUGAAAGGCUUGGAGCUGAAAGAGGAUGCGCGACGAGUUCUUCUGGAGUCUGUCCACGCUUUUCCCUGCAAUUGGUCGGCGUGGUUGGACAUCAUCAGUAUCUCUGCAGACUUAGACGACGUCACAGGUCGAUGCGAGGAUUUGAGGCUACCGCCCCAUUGGAUGUCCUUGUUCUUCGAGGCGGCGCUGCAGCUGGAGCUUCAGAGGAACGACAGUGCAAAAGACCUUUACGUUGCACUCCGGGCUUCUUUCCCUGAGUCUGCCUACAUCGCCUCGCAGAUAGCAACCUGCUUCUACAACCUUCGGAACUUCGACGCCUCGCAGCUGGCUUUCGAAGAGCUCCGGCGACGAGAUCCUUAUCGGCUCUCGUCUCUGGAUACAUACUCGAACAUCCUCUUCGUGAAGGAGCAGGCAGCAGCACUGAGCCAUCUCGCGCGCCAGGCCGUCAAGAUAGACAAAUACACGCCUGAAGCCUGCAUUAUCAUCGGAAAUUAUUACAGCCUGAAGGGUGAGCAUGAGAAGGCCGUAAUCUACUUCCGGCGAGCUCUUGCGCUCAAUCGCCAUUUCACUCCGGCAUGGAUUCUGAUGGGCCAUGAGUUCAUGGAGAUGAAGAACACUGCCGCCGCAAUUGAUGCUUACCGGACAGCUGUGACAAUCAACCGGCGGGACUACAGAGCUUGGUACGGAUUGGGGCAGACAUACGAGCUGUUGAGCCUUCACUUCUACGCUCUUUUCUACUACCGACAAGCGAUGUCCCUCCGGCCAGAUGAUGCGCGGAUGUGGUGCGCCAUGGCGCAGUGUUAUGAUCACAUGGACAGAAAGGUGGAGGCACUGAAGUGCUACGAGAAGGCGCACCGCUGCGGAGACAUGGAGCGGAUGGCCCUACCCCGCCUCGCACGACUGCAUCGCGACCAUGGGGAUCACAGGCAAGCUGCCGCCUACUACGGCCAGAUGCUGGAGCAGAGCGGACAUUCCAGAAUAGUAAGCAGUGCUUCAGGUGUACGCCCCGACCCGUCCGGUUUGGAGAGCAUCGCCUCCGUGCGGCGGCCCCUGGCGGGUGCCCUGCAAGGGGGGCUGGCAAGCGAGAGUGUGGAAGCACUGCGCUUUCUGAUGAACUUCUUUGCAGAGGAGGGCCGUUUGGCAGAGGCAGAGGCCUGUGCAACGCAGCUACUCGACACUACGGGCUCUGAGAAGCCACAGUGCCAGGACCCCUCCCUGUGCCGCAAGGCGUUGGGUUCUGGCGCGGAAGGCGCCUAUGUGUCACCUCUUGAUUCGGAAAUUACCUUCCCAAUGAACCAGUUGGCGAGUGCCAAUGUGGAGGCAGACGAAGAUGGCUGGACAAACGACAUUAGAGAUUUCCAGAAGGCUUGUAUCGACAUGAGCGAUGCCGUUGGUGGGAACAAGUGGCCUGAGGCGGGAGACCGUGCGCCAGGCUGCCUUUUGCUUUUUUUCCGUUUAGCCAUGCAGCGCUGCAUCUGGCUUGGCGCUCUCUGUGUCAGAGGCUUUCUGGUUCAUGCCGAAGAGACGUGCGCACAGAAUCAGAACGGCCAAGACGAGCCGACCGAGGCCGCAGCUAUGGCGGAUGGCACCCAGGACUGCGGAUGCAGCUCCCUUAGCCGUGGCGCUUCAACAAAAGGCGAGCACAGUCAGCCCGUGAGGUUCGAGGGCCUGUCGGACUCGGCGAAGAGGCACAACGAAGACAUGGUGAGCAUUCCUGCGGGUCGCUUUCAUAUGGGCGAGCGGAAAGACAGAGUUCACUUCCCACAGGACGGUGAAGGCCCUGUACGGCCAGUGCAAAUGUCCAGCUUCUGGAUGGACCGCUUCGAAGUAAGCAAUGAGAAAUGGCAGGAUUUUGCGAGAGAAACGGGUUACCUCACGGACGCCGAGCGUUUGGGCGACUCGUUUGUAGCAGAGACCUACCUUUCAGAAGCCGUCAACAAGACCAUCCACAAAAAGGUAGACGCAGUGCCUUGGUGGCUGCCUGUGCCGAAUGCUUCGUGGCAUCAGCCGGAGGGCAUUGACAGCGCGCUGAGCGGAGCGAGCAGCAGAUAUGGAGAUCGGUGGAAUCAUCCUGUUGUACAUAUCUCAUGGAACGAUGCGGAGGCAUAUUGUAGAUGGAGAAAUGCCUCCCUGCCUACAGAGGCACAGUGGGAGUAUGCAGCGAGAGGCGGCCUUGAGGGCAAGCUAUACCCUUGGGGCGACACAACGUAUGGGAACGAAACGGAGGGGAUGCCGCGCCGGCACCGGAUGAACAUCUGGCAAGGAGCGUUCCCAAAGGAGAACACAGCCAAAGACGGAUACCAGAAGACCGCGCCGGUCGAUGCCUACGGUCCGCAGAAUGAUUGGGGCUUAUACAAUAUGGUGGGCAAUGUAUGGGAGUGGACCGGAGAUUGGUACAGCCCCGUUCAUUUCCUGACCGACAAGAACAAGGACACGGGUUUGGUGGACCCCACGGGACCGGAAAUCGAAGAAUUAGACGAGAUAGUUGACAUGGGCUAUCUGAAAAAGGACUCUUCUGGACAAUAUGAGAAGAUCAAGAAAGGUGGCUCUUUCAUGUGCCACAAGUCCUAUUGCUACCGCUAUAGGAUCUGUGCACGCAGCCACCUUACAGCCGAUGGUUCCGCACAUCACACCGGAGUUCGCUGUGCCGGAGAGGUGCAACAGAAGAAGACAUGA